CUCGUUAGCAUCACGUCACGACAACAGGAACUCCGCCAUAUUUAAGUCAUUAAAGUUACUUUAAGCAACAAUUCCUCGCUGGUAUAUUGCGAGUUCCGUUGGCAUUGCCGUUCCCAUUCGUGCAGCUUCUUCUGCGUUCUUGUCAGCGACUGUUUCACACUCAUUCAUUAGUGUUAGCUUCUCGGCUACGCGAGUAAUAAAGAACUACCUGCUCCUCUAGUCGUUGUAUUUCCGCUUCGUUUUCCUUCUCGUCCUCUGACGUGUCGUCCUCUUCGUCAUCUGAAAUUUCUACCCCCAUGCCCUCCUCGUCGUCGCUCUCCGAGUCCAUUUCUCGCUCCUCCAUCCCCGCGUCGUCCUCCUCCAUGUCUUGCGAGUGCGUAUGCUCUGCGUUGCUUGACGCCGCCAUGUUGGAAAGGCGCUCUGCCUGGUAACAAGCACUAAACAGACGACACUGCGAUAGCGGACGUUGACCGCCGGGGGGCGCGCUUGAUCCUUGUUCUUGACAACAAAACACUCGGCUCAAAUCGGACAUUUCCGUCGGUUGUCGGAUUUUAAAAAGAUGGCGAUGGCUCUUCGAAAGUCCUCGUCGUUGUUGUUGCUCAAUAGAAGGUUGUUGCUGAAUUCCUUAUGUUCAUACCACAAAAAGGUUGUGGACCACUACGAAAACCCAAGAAAUGUGGGCUCUUUAGAUAAAAACGCCAAAAAUGUGGGGACUGGUUUGGUGGGUGCACCAGCCUGCGGAGACGUCAUGAAACUUCAGAUUGAGGUGGAUGAGAAAGGUAAGAUUGUGGAUGCCAAGUUCAAGACGUUUGGCUGCGGAUCAGCCAUUGCUUCCAGCUCUUUAGCAACCGAGUGGGUUAAAGGGAAGUCGGUCGAUGAAGCUUUGAGGAUCAAGAACACAGACAUUGCCAAAGAACUCUCACUUCCGCCUGUGAAACUUCACUGUUCCAUGCUGGCAGAAGACGCCAUCAGAGCGGCUCUGUCGGACUACAGAAUCAAACAAGACAAGGAGAAGAGUGCCGACGUCAGCAGUUAAUUUGUCACCAUUAACCAUCCAUGAAAGGCUGGGGUUGGGGGUUCCUCAGGGAUGUCAGAAGUAAUUAUGUCAUCACAGGAUUGUACAGGAAGAUUCAGCUCAAAUAGUAAAAAAAAAAAAAUUACUAAUUUCUUUUUUUGGCAAUAAUUUUAACAAAUACAUAUUUGUGUUUAUGAUGCUACUAUUAUUCCCAUAUCUACCAAAUAAAUGAAUAGAAAAAUACUAGUGUUCAUUGUU